CAUGUUAUUUAUCAGGUUGUGUAAUGGGAUCAGAGUGCAGUGUCUACAAAGACUAUGAAUUAGAAGAGCCWAUAGAAUGUUCCAGUACUGAGUGGRUCCUUUACCCAGCACAUAGCAAAGACAACACUGCUGUACAGAGAGUCACUGUGUUUGUACAUAAGAAAAGCAAAAAAGAAAGAAAACGGGACAAAAAUCAGUCUGUAACAAAUGCAUAUCAGUUUUUAAAAGUUUUACGACAUCCUGGUAUAUUGAAAUAUUACAGCUCCUACGACAAUGCUGAGCUUGUUAUGGUUACAGAGCCAGUGGAGCCUUUAGMAAAUGUUUUGAAUUCACUUGAUGUGGAUGAAAUUAUUGCUGGYCUGAAUAACAUUGUUCAGGCAUUAGUUUUCUUACAUGAAAAGGGUGGUUUGUCACACAACAAUGUUUCUUUGUCUUCRAUAUAUGUGAGCAAUAAUGAUGGCAGCUGGAAGCUUGGUGGGAUGCAAUGUGUUUGUAAACCAGAACAAUUUAAUAAUAAGUUCCUUGAGGAUAUCAAGCCAUUAAGAGAUUUGAAGUCCAUUGCUCCAGAAGAACAAGCUGGCAGUGUCUCACUUACUGCACAAACACUUCACACUAUUGAUGCUUAUGGAUUUGGCAUGCUYGUCAAUGAUAUUCUGGAUUAUAGAGAUGAUAUAGGUGAAAAUGCCUUUUUAAAGUUUKCUGAUGUUAUUCAGAGCUCAUUCCUACAUCAAGACCCAAAGCUAAGACCUAAAUURUGCACUCUUUUGGAUGAAGAAUUUUUCAAGAAUGAUUACUUGGAUAUAUUAUCCUUCCUGAGUAACAUUACCAUUAAAUCAGACAUUGAUAAAGACAAGUUCUUCAGCUCUUUGGCUUCCAAACURCGCAAUGUCUCAUCUACUGUUAUAGCUACCAGGCUAUUACCUAAAUUGAUGUCAAGGUUUGUCAUGGCAGAAUCCAGUGCUGAAAAGGAAUUCUUGCCUCAUCUUCUAACGCCAGGCACUGCUGUCAUAGAGAAUGAGUCAGAGUCCAUCUUUCCUGUCUUAUCAUUGGAUUUAUACAAGAAAUAUUGUGUUCCUAUCUUGUUCAAACUAUGGGCAGUCAAGGAUCUUCAUAUUAGAAUCAUUCUAUUAAAAUAUUUCCCUCUAUUUGCCAAAGCCUUCGAUGUAGAAGAUCUCGAACAAAUCAUUUUACCACAGAUAUUGAUAGGUCUGCGUGAUACCAAUGAUACUCURGUGUCAGCUACAUUCUUUGCCCUUGCCAACCUGGUGCCAAUACUUGGUGGAGAAGUGGUAGUUGGUGGAGAAAGACAAAAGUGCUUUAAAGAGGGCAGACCUAAGUUCAGUCUUGGUUCAUCACCAAGUCCACAAAUCAACCAACAUAGGAAAAUAAGUUCAGGAGAAACAGGACGAAAGAGCAUCACCAAGAAGAAGAACCCUUUGCAUGCUUCUGAUGCACUAAACAUGCAAAGACUUCCCGAGUCACCCCCUCAAAGUAAGACUGAAUAUCCUUCCAAGACAAAAGGUGAAAAGGAAAAGGGAAGAAUUGGAAGAAAAAAGGACACUGAUGCAAAAAAGAAUGAAGUAAAAGAAGAAAGAAGGGAGAAAUCAUCAAGGACUCUUCUUCAGUUAGCAAAGGAACAUAGUGAAAGUGCCAGUACUGAAGACAAGGAGAAGACAGAAUCUUACUCAAUAACACAAGAGGAAGGCAGUGAUAAUGGUGAUGACUGGGAAGAUUUCCAGUUGGCAGACUUUUCCCAGAGCAUGGAAUCUGAUGUCCCUAGUAACAAUCCAAAACAGAAAACUUCUCCAUCUCGACUCGUUCCCAAGACAACUUACUCCAGCMACAAUUAUGACAUAAGUGACGUAGACUUUACACAAAGACGUGGGUCACAUGACUUAAUCACAUGGGAUAGCCCUGACAUUAUKGUCAGUCAAGCAAAGCCUAGCAGUGGAAAGGCUAUGAAACUUGGGAGUAAAAAAGCAACAGCUCCAAAACCCAAACCUAACCCUGGCAAUCUUGGACAGAUGUUUGAAGUACCUGAYAUAAGCGUCAAAUCGAAAGAACCAGACUUCUUUGCUGAUAUGCAACCUAAAGUUGAGUUUCAGAGUUAUGAUGGAGGGAUAGGUGGGGCAAAUGCCACAAGUGGUUAUAGCAAGAAGAUGGAUGUUGCUGCAACAGCACAGGUUGGAGACGACUGGGAGAUUGAUGACUGGUCAAAUUUUGAUUGAACAGAAACUGUGAAGCCCCAACAGCAAACUUKCUUCUCAAGUAAAGAAUUGUAGAUACAUUGCAAUAGGAUUUCAAAUGCAAAUCGUCUGAGUUAUAGUGUAAAGAUGUUUUAGAAAUAUUUUUAAAUCAUGUUACAAUUGCACAUGAUUGCACACAAUAACAAAUAAUUUAUCAUAUUUAUGUUCGCUUACAUGACUCUUCUAAUAUGGAAAGACAAUAAUGAAAAGAUAUUUUUUUUGAUAAAAGAGAUGUAUAAUUUAUGCAAAAUUAAAUUCUUACAUUUUAAAGUUUAAUUCAGUAAGAAUGUAAGGACCAGGGUGAAGCAAUCAACAAAUUAAGCUAAAAAGUAUUUUAUCUAAGAACAAUGAAGAGAAAUGAAAUUAAAAAAUGUUUGAUUUGAAG